UCAUCCUGUCGCUCCUGCUUUGGAUCCUCCGACCUGGAUUCAGCCAUAUUCCCAGAGCUUAGCCACACCGGCAGCCGCCUCGAACGGACCCGAAACCCGCCGUUUAUCCCCGGGAAGCUGCUGCUCGGUUCCGACGGACCUUCUAAAGUCCAGACGGUUCCGGUUCGGACCCGCUGGACCUGCUCCCGGGCUCACAGACCGACCGGCGGACAUGGAGCUGCGGAGGUCCGCCUGACGACGUCCCGAUCCCGGAGAGGAAAUCCACAUUUGAUCCCGGAUUACAGCCGCUGGGAUUCCCGCCGGUGACGGAGCGGAGGCGGCGGAACACGGCGGCGGCUCUGCGGCUCCAGACGUCGGGAAUGUUUUCCCGGAGCUAACGGGCUAGCUGCUGCUAGCAGGAAGCGGAGGGAGCAGCCUGAGUCAGAGCGGCGGGGGGAGGAGCCACCCAACCCGGCCGGGAUGUCGGCCCAGGAGCGGCUGAGGAGGCUGGAGGAGCUCCUGCUGGAGCGGAAGGAGGAGCGGAGCCUGAGCGUGGAGGCGCUGCUGGACCUCCUGCUCGGCCUCUGCUCCGAAUGCUCCAACUCCCCCCUGAAGAGGGAGAAGCACAUCAGCGACUUCCUCAACUGGGUGAAGCCGUUCACCAGCAGGGUGAAGGACAUGCGGCUGAAGAGAGACGACUUCGAGAUGCUGAAGGUGAUUGGACGAGGAGCCUUCGGCGAGGUUGCCGUGGUGAAGAUGAAGAACACUGAGAGAGUUUAUGCCAUGAAGAUCCUCAACAAGUGGGAGAUGCUGAAGAGAGCCGAGACGGCGUGUUUCCGGGAGGAGCGGGACGUCCUGGUGAGAGGGGACAGCCAGUGGAUCACCACUCUGCACUACGCCUUUCAGGACGACAACUUCCUGUACCUGGUGAUGGACUACUACGUGGGCGGAGACCUGCUGACGCUGCUCAGUAAGUUUGAGGACCGUCUCCCUGAAGACAUGGCGCGCUUCUACGUAGCAGAGAUGGUUCUGGCCGUCCACUCCAUCCACCAGCAGCACUACAUCCACAGAGACAUCAAACCAGACAACGUUCUGCUGGACGUCAACGGACACAUCCGACUCGCUGACUUUGGCUCCUGUCUGCGCAUGAUGGAGGACGGCACGGUCCAGUCCUCUGUUGCCGUGGGAACCCCUGACUACAUUUCCCCAGAGAUCCUGCAGGCCAUGGAGGACGGGAUGGGUCGCUAUGGUCCAGAGUGUGACUGGUGGUCUUUGGGGGUCUGCAUGUACGAGAUGCUGUACGGCGAGACGCCGUUCUACGCCGAGUCGCUGGUGGAGACCUACGGCAAGAUCAUGAACCACGAGGAGCGCUUCCAGUUCCCGUCCCAUGUGACGGACGUGUCUGAACACGCCAAGGACCUGAUCCAGCGCCUGCUGUGCUCCCGGGAGCGGCGCCUCGGACUCAACGGGAUCUCGGACUUUCAGAACCACCCGUUCUUCAGCGGGAUCGACUGGGACAACAUCCGCUCCGCCGAGGCGCCCUACAUCCCGGACGUGUCCUCGCCCACAGACACGUCUAACUUUGACGUGGACGACGACGUUCUGAAGAACCCGGACAUCGGACCUCCUGUGUCUCACACCGGCUUCACCGGGCAGCACCUCCCCUUCGUGGGCUUCACCUUCACCACCGAUAGCUGCUUCUCCGACCGCAGCACCAUCAGCCGGGCGGCGCCGGGAGUCCGGACCGAGCCAGACGGAGGCGCCGGGUCGGAGGUGGAGGUGUUCGAGAAAAGGAUCCGCCGCCUGGAGCAGGAGAAGCAGGAGCUGAACCGCAGACUGCAGGAGUCCACCCAGGCCCUGCAGGCUCCGCCCAGAGGAGGAACCGUACAGAGGGACAAAGAGAUCAAGAAACUUAACGAGGAGAUCGAGCGUCUGAAGAAGAAGCUGGCAGACUCUGAUAGGCUGGAGCACCAGCUGGAGGAGGCCGUCACGCUCAGACAGGACUACGAGAGCUCCGCCUCCAAACUGCAGACCCUGGAGAGACAGGUGAAGACCCUGAGACAGGAGAAGGAGGACGUCCACAAGCAGCUGGCCGACUCCUUGGAGCGUCUCAGGAGCCAGAGCAAGGAGCUGAAGGAGGCGCACUCCCAGAGGAAGCUGGCCCUGCAGGAGUUCUCAGAGCUGUCGGAGCGCAUGGCCGAGCUGCGCUCCUCCAAGCAGCGUCUGUCCCGUCAGCUCAGGGACAAGGAGGAGGAGAUGGACGCCCUCCUGCAGAAGAUGGACGCCCUGAGGCUGGAGAUCCGCAAGACGGAGAAGAAUCGGAAGGAGCUGGAGGCUCAGCUGGACGAGGCCAAGGCGGAGUCAUCAAAGGAGAGGAAGCUGCGGGAAAACGGCGAGGUUUACUCCAAACAGCUGGAGGCGGAGCUACGCAGCCUUAAGUCCCAGCAGGGUCGAGGGGCGGCAGGCGGAGGAGGGGCGGAGUCUCAGCAGGAGCUGUCCCGUCUGAAGGCGGAGCUGGACAAGAAGGUUCUGUUCUACGAGGAGGAGCUGCUGAGGAAGGACUCCGCCCACUCCGGCGAGAUCAAGACUCUGCGCAAAGACCUGCAGGAGUCCGAGGGGGCGCGGCUCGCCGCCAACAAGGAGCUGCUGCAGCUCCGAGACAAGCUGGACAAAGCCAACAGGGACAGGCAGAACGAGAUGGACGAGGCCGUGGCGGCUCUGAAGGAGAAACACGAGCGCGAGAAGAACAUGCUGACCGAGGAGAACCGCAAGCUGACGGCGGAGACGGACAAGCUGUGUUCCUUCGUGGACAACCUGACGGCCCAGAACCGGCAGCUGGAGGACGACCUGCAGGACCUGUCCUCCAAGAAGGAGAGCGUGUCCCACUGGGAGGCCCAGAUCGCAGAGAUCAUCCAGUGGGUCAGCGACGAGAAGGACGCCCGCGGCUACCUGCAGGCCUUGGCCACCAAGAUGACGGAGGAGCUGGAGUCGCUGCGCAGCUACAGCCUGGGGAGCAGACCUCAGGACCCCCUGUGGAAGGUGCGUCGAAGCCAGAAGCUGGACAUGUCGGCUCGUCUGGAGCUGCAGUCGGCUCUGGACGCCGAACUGAAAGCCAAGCAGAUGGUCCAGGAGGAGCUGCGCCGAUUCAAGGCCGCCAACAUCAACCUGGAGAGUAAGCUGAAGGAGUCUGAGGAGAAGAGGCGGGAGGCGGUGGAGCAGGUGGAGAGUCUGAGGAGGGAGAUGGAGGAGAGUCGCUCCCGUUCUGCUAAAGGUCUGAAGCUUCCGGACUUCCAGGACUCCAUCUUUGAUUACUUCAACACGUCUCCUCUGGCUCCAGACCUCAGCUUUAAGACUGCAGACUUAGACUCCGCCCCCCUGAAGCCAGACACGGCGCCCUCCUCGCCGUGCUCCGUCUCUGAGAAUGAGGAAGGGAAGGCAGCAUCGCUCCCUGACAGCCCCUCCCCCACCUACCAGAGCUCGCCUGCACCCAAGCCCAAAGCUCACCAGCUGAGCAUCAGAACCUUCUCCAGCCCCACCCUCUGCUCUCACUGCACCUCCCUGAUGGUGGGCCUGAGCCGCCAGGGCUACGCCUGCGAAGUCUGCUCCUUCAUAUGCCAUGUCGCCUGUAAAGACCACGCCCCCCUAAUCUGUCCGAUCCCAGCGGAGCAGGCCAAGAGGCCGCAGGGCAUCGACGUCCAGAGGGGCAUCGGCACGGCGUACAAGGGUUACGUCAAGAUCCCCAAGCCCAGCGGCGUGAAGAAGGGCUGGCAGCGAGCGUUCGCCGUGGCCUCCGACUGUAAACUGUUUCUCUACGACAUUCCAGAGGGGAAGUCCACCCAGCCGGGCGUGGCGGCCAGUCUGGUUCUGGACCUCAGAGAUGAAGAUCUGUCCGUCAGCUCCGUGUUGGCGUCCGACGUCAUCCAUGCCACCAGGAAGGACAUCCCGUGCAUCUUCAAGGUGACGUCGUCUCAGCUGAUUUCGCAGCUCUCCUCCGUGUCCCUGCUGGUUCUGGCAGAGAGCGAGGCAGAGAAGAAGAAAUGGGUCCGGAUCCUGGAGAGCCUGCAGAACAUCCUGACCAAGAACCAGGUGAAGAGUCAGCAGGUCCACCUGCUGCACGAAGCGUACGACGCCUCGCUGCCCCUCAUUAAGGCGGCGCUGUGCGCCACCGUACUCGACAGGGAGCGGAUCGCUAUGGGAACGGAGGACGGACUGUUUGUGGUGGAGGUCACCAGAGACGUCAUCGUCAGAGCCUCAGACAGUAAGAAGGUUUAUCAGAUCGAGCUCAUUCCCAACGAGAAGAUCGUCGCUCUGCUCUGUGGCCGAAACCGCCAGGUCCACCUCCACCCCUGGGGGGUUCUGGACGGAGCCGAGUCCUCCUUCGACACCAAGCUGGCAGACACCAAGAACUGCCAGGUUCUGACCACAGGGGUGCUGCGACCCGGAGGUCCUGCUUGCCUGCUGGCUGCCGCCAAACGUCAGGUCCAGUGCUAUGAGAUCACCCGGGCCAAGCCGUACCAUAAGAAGCUGUGGGAGGUGCAGGCUCCAGGCACGGUCCAGUGGCUAGGCAUGCUGCGGGACCGGCUGUGUGUGGGCUACCCGUCAGGCUUCGCCCUGCUGGCCCUGCAGGGGGAGUCAUCCCCCAUCAGCCUGGUGAACCCGGGCGACCCAUCUCUGGCCUUCCUGUCCCAGCAGCCCAUGGACGCCCUGCACGCCCUGGAGGUGGGCUCCAGCGAGGUCCUGCUCUGCUUCAGCCAGCUGGGAGUCUACGUGGACGGACAGGGCCGGCGCUCCCGGGACCAAGAGCUGAUGUGGCCCGCCACGCCGCUGGCCUGCUGUUCCAACUCGUUCCACCUGACGGUCUACAGCGAGUACGGCGUGGACGUGUUCGACAUCCACAGCAGCCAGUGGGUCCAGACCAUCUGUCUCCGCAAGUUCCGCCCGCUGAAUGUUGAGGGAACGCUGAACCUGCUGAGCUCAGAACCUCCUCGCCUGGUCUACUUCAGCAACACCUCCUCAGAGGGAGACCUCACCAUCCCACAGACGUCUGACCACAGCAGAAAGCUGAUGGUUCGAACCCGCAGCAAAAGGAAGUUCCUCUUCAAGGUUCCUGAGGAGGAGCGGCUCCAGCAGAGGAGGGAGAUGCUGAAGGACCCGGAGCUGCGGUCCAGGAUGAUCUCCAAUCCCACCAACUUCAACCACGUGGCCCACAUGGGACCAGGAGACGGCAUGCAGGUCCUGAUGGACCUCCCCCUGGUUGGUGACCUCACCUCCCUCUCACCCUCCCCCUCUCCUUCUCCCUCCUCCUCCUCCUCCCGUCACACCCUCAUCUCCCCCCCCUCCAACUUUGAGCACAUCUAUCACAUGACGUCGGCAUCGGCCGGCGCCUUCUUGCAGAAGGAGGCCUCCUCUUCCUCCUCCUCCCAGCAGAGCCUCCUGCAGCCUUCCUCCUCCUCCUCCUCUCCCUCCAUCUCUUCUCUGAGUGUGAUGCCCCCCCCUCAGGACGACCCCAUUAGGGAUAAGCCCCGCCCACUCUCCAGUAUCUCCCGGCAACACAGAAGCAAGUCGCACAUCACUCGCACGGCUUCAGAUUUCAGUGGAGGAGCUUCGAGCCGCAGCACCGGCGACCUGGACCAGGAUCCGGACCGGGAGCCGGACUCGGACUCCACCAAACACUCGACGCCCUCCAACAGCUCCAACCCCAGCAGCCCCCCCAGCCCAAACUCCCCCCACCGCAGCCAGCUGACCCUGGACAGUUUGGACUUGGAGCCCUGAGCCCCGCCCCCACACCGCUUUAGGCCCCGCCCCCCGCAGCGUUUGAGACUGUUUUUACCUUUGGGUUUUAUGAUGGUGGAGUGAUUCUGCUGCUUUUAAUUGGAUGCUGGGAAGCCCCGCCCCUUCCUGGUUUUAGCGCUCGCUGAGGGACCAGUCACUUCCUGUUCUUCCUCCCCUCUCGCCGCUUAGCUUCGGCGUGGGUUAGCGGCGGGAGGUCUCACUCUGAGGGAAAAACACUGUAUUAAUUAUUUUAACGUUUUGUUAAACUUGCACAUCAUCAUCAUCAUUGUUGUUAUUGUAGAAAAUAAUCUUUUAUUUGUGAUGAUCUUUAUCCCCCCCCCCCUCCAUCUCUAAUCUGACUCCGCCCCCUGCUCCAGGUCGGAUGGGGGCGGAGUCACACCUGGGCACUACUGCUUUUAUUCUUCCAGAAUCAGUUACAGAUGUUUGUAAUUAUGAAAUGUUUAGCAGCCAAAAACCACAAUAAACGGAGCAGAGGACAGA